AUGUCCAUCCGGCUCAUCGAUACGGAUACUCUCCAGCUGAAGCUCUUCACCGCAAGUCUCGCGCCAGCUUAUGCUAUCCUCUCGCAUACAUGGAUCGAAAAUGAGGAGAUCAGCUUCCAUGAACUCACGCAGAUUAGCGAAACACCAGAUCACAAGGCAUCAGAAAAGUCUGGCUAUAAGAAGAUCCUCGCAACAUGCCGUGAAGCCAAGGCCAACGGCAUAGAGUAUGCUUGGGUCGACACCUGCUGCAUCGACAAGACGAGUAGUGCCGAGCUCGGCGAGGCAAUCAACUCCAUGUUCCGCUGGUAUCGUGAUGCCGAAGUAUGCUACGCCUUCCUCUCGGACUGGCCUGCGGCCGAUGAUGGCGGCGAGUCUACCGAUGACGCUCUAAAGGACUGCAGAUGGUUCACCCGCGGCUGGUGUCUCCAGGAACUCAUCGCGCCUAAGGAUCACGCGGGUGGACGCGGACGUGCUAGGGGACUGCACACUCCUGGAGUCGAAGCCGGUGGCGCGCAGGAUGUCAUGGGCAUCGAGACGAAUUACAACGAGGAUUGA